AUGUCAAAAGUUAGUCCGAAUUAUAUAAUAACACAACCAGAAAAUGAUGAUAUUCUCAAUAGUUUUGGUAUAAUGGGAAAUGAAAAUUUCUUACAUAAAUGGACAGUUGAACAAAGAAAUUGUGGAUCUACAACGACUUAUCAUACGACAUUGAGUGAUGCACGUUUACUUAUACGAACGGAGAAAAGAAAAUGUUGUAUGAAACAUCAUAUGAAUGUUUCGAUUAUUCUACAAGAUAUAGCUGGAAUACGUGAAUCAAGAAAUACUCGUCAUUGUUGUUGUUUCUUAUGUACAUGUUGUGGACGUUGUUGUCGUACUCCAAGAUUAUUUGAAGUACGAGGUAUAUUUGGUUCACAUCAGUUUAUUAUACCAAAAGAGGAUGUGUUAUUUUUACAAUAUGAAAUUUCAGUCAAAGCUGCAAAUCAUAAACUAAUUAGUCAUUAA